GUGUAACACAUGGGUCUGCUAUUUCAUAAGUUACGGACAUUUAUCAGAACAAAUUUUGCUCCAAUUCCUUAUGGUAAAGCAAAAUUAUGGCAAAGAAGAAUGCAUAUAAUCUAUACAAUUUGUGCUUGGAAUUUAUUUGGAUACGUCGUAUAUAAAUUAUAUACUAACAAAGAUCAAACGGACUCCAUGCCAUUAAGUUUAUAUAUGGCAAAAAACUUAGAACUCGGUAAUACAAAAUUAAUCAAAAUAAGUAAACACGGACUCGAAACUUAUGAUUUGACCGAAGAGGAAAUAAACAAGCAGUAUGAAGAGUACGAAAAGAAUAAGAUUUCACAAUGAACACACAAUUAUUUGUAGAUAUUUAGCAUAAUUUAAUUUGUAUAGAAUUAAAAAAAUACUUUUAUUAAAA